AUGGCACUUCAGUCGGUUUCGAGACGGGUGGUGAACAAGGUGCUCGCGGUUGAACAGAGCGAGGGAGCGGGAGCGCGCGUUCGCAGGUCAAUCGGGGGCAUGAAGCUGAGAAACCUCACCCCCUUCCUGAUGCUGGAUCAUUUCCACGUCAGUCAAGGUGCUGGAUUCCCGGAUCAUCCCCACCGCGGCCAAGCCACUGUAACAUACAUGCUCGAAGGUUCGAGUCGGCAUGAAGACUCUGCGGGAAACAAGGGCUUGAUCGAGGCUGGAGGCGUCCAAUGGAUGUGUGCCGGCAAAGGUGUUAUCCAUGCUGAAAUGCCCGUACAUGGACCUGGACUCCCCGAACCUCGAGGACUGCAGCUCUGGAUUGAUCUGCCGAAACAGUUCAAGAUGGUGGACCCGAGUUAUCAAGAAAUGGGACCUAAGGAAAUUCCGAGUGCAUACCCUGAAGGUCCCGACGGUCCCAUCGAAAUCAAAGUGAUCAGCGGCAAGGCACACGGCGUCACGAGCCCCGUCAGGCCUCUGGGUGGGUGCUAUUAUUUCCAUGUCAUAUUCAAGAAGCCCAGUAGCGUGUUUAUCGACCUCCCUCCCGGAUGGACAACAUUCGCGUACACGCUGAAGGGAUCCGUCACCGUGGGCACCGAGUCCGACGCCAACGAACCGUUCAACACCCUGGUCCUCUCCUCUGAGCGCAACGAGACCGGCGUCGCGCUCACCGCUAAGGAAGACAACACCGAGCUCAUCCUUGUAUCCGGCGAGCCGCUCGAUCAGACGGUCUUCCAAUAUGGCCCGUUCGUCAUGACCACGCGCGAAGAAGUCCAGCAGACCCUCAUGGAUUACCAACGUGGCGUGAACGGAUUCGAGAAGGCCCAUGUCUGGAAGUCGGAGAUCGGUGGAUUGUAA